AUAAACAUGCGAUAUUAUCGUUCUAUGAAACGGGAAACAAGGCGACACAGUGACAUUAUUCCUCCGUGUGAUGCGUAGAAAAAAGCUUCACUUUUUAAGGGAAAACCAUUGUCACGAUAUUUUUCCAUUAUACGGUAGCCCCGAAGGCUCGAAUACAGUCUCUCAUUACGGCCGCAAUUAGCAUUAACUCGAUACAAGCGGACAGAGGAAUCCUAUACAUACGUAACAGCGAGCGUGGUUCCGGAUUCCGGAUGGUCGAGGCUUUGAUUUAUUGUCCCGGAUCUCCGAAAGAAACCUCGGCAUAUAGCCGGCGACGAGCUGUCGAAUCUCCAACGCGGACGGAUAAACGUCAAGAGGAUCCCGAAGGAUCGUCGUCGUCGUGUGUGUUGUAGGAAGAGUGAGUGAGCGAGUGGUGAAAAAGUAGAGAAAAACAGAAGAAAAAGAAAAAAAAAGAAAAGAGCUAUCGACUCUGAUCUCAUUUCUCGCUGGUCCUUCUUCUCACUCGUCCUCCCAUUUAUUUCAUUUUAUUUUUUCAUCCGUCACGUGAAUCGUCGAAACUCUCAAUGGACAAGUGCCCAGACGAACCAAUUAGUAACGGCGAAGGAAAUGGAAAUAACACAGAUAUUCCCGAGGCUUCGGGAUCACCAGAAUUGGGUAGAAAAUUAUCGAGAAUUAUUGCCGCUCGCGAGGACGCCAGGAAAUUGAAAACAGCGACCCUCGAUCGGAUGGGAAAACUGUUCAAGAUCAACUCCAAUCGUGCGACAAACAUUUCGAACGAACCUGCAUUAGGCAUUGGGAACGAGUCUCUUGAGGAUCAACAGUCGAGAAAAGAAAAGUCGAAUUCUCUUGGAAGAAUGUUAAAGCUCGUCGAUAAAAACGGAGAACCGAGAAAGCUUUUCAACAAUUCUCGAUCCGGAUCCCUCAGUCACAUGUUUCGUAGAAAAUCGACUGGAACUCGUGAGCAUGAAAAUUCCAGCCAAAAUCUCAACAGGGUUGGAGUUUUUACCAGAAUAUUCAAGCAAUGGAAAAAUGGUUCAGGAAGUGGAAACGCGACUGCCGAGCCAAAUUUGAGCGUCUCAUUUCCGGAGGAAAAUAAAUCUUCUUUCGCAAAGCCACCCUCGUCUCCAAAAUCGAAUGUCUCGCCCACCUGCACAUUCUCGUCUCCUAUACAUCCUGGAAUUGCAUCACCGGUCCUAAACUCCACGGAUAUUGAAUACCCUGCUUGAAAGAAGAGUGAUUCAACUGAAAGAAAACCAACAAUACUAAAAUGCGUGUGCCCCAACUAUUCUGUCUGAAAAUUAUCUGAGUAUGAAUACGCGUUUGCGACGUAGUCGCAUCGUUCGAUAAAAAAAAUACGAAAUAAAAUACAAAUACGGAAAGAAUAAAAAUACGAUAGCAUUUGUGUUGUGGCUGAGCCUGCAAAAAAAACUAUCGCCGUGAAAUAAAUGCGAAAAGAGAAUGAA